AGCGAGCGAGCGAGCGAGGAAGGAGCCGCCGCCAUUUUGCGCGCUGGGAGUCCACAAUAAAGGAGCGAGCGGCGCCGGGCGCGGGUCACUGCGGUGUCGGCGUCGGCCUCGGCGGGACGCGGCGGGACCGGGGACCUGCGGGGCUCCGCUCCGAGAUUGAAGUGAUUUCAGAAAAUUCAACCCUGUUAGAGGGCAUUUAAAAAAUAUAUAAAGUUGAUUUGGUGCAUGAGAGCAAGUUACUGCUGCUUACCGUUCAGAGACUUACAGGUGCUUGCCUGCAUUGCAAUAAAGGACUCAAUAUAUUGAGCAAGACUUCUAUUUAUCUCUUCGUUUUGGAGAGCCUAAUAAACUGUUAUUACAGUUUCUCUACUGACUUUCAAAAGUUUUCACGUUUGAAAGAGACAUCUUUGCAAAUACUACAGCAUGAGCACGGCCAGAACAGAGAACCCUGUUAUAAUGGGUCUUUCCAGUCAAAAUGGUCAGCUGAGGGGCCCGGUGAAGCCCAGUGGUGGCCCCGGAGGAGGGGGUACACCUACACAGCAACAGAUGAACCAGCUGAAAAACACCAACACAAUGAAUAACGGCACUCAGCAAGCACAGAGCCUGACCUCCACAAUUAAACCUGGUGAUGACUGGAAAAAGACUUUAAAACUCCCUCCAAAGGAUCUAAGAAUCAAAACUUCGGAUGUGACCUCCACAAAAGGAAAUGAGUUUGAAGAUUACUGUUUGAAACGGGAGUUACUGAUGGGAAUUUUCGAAAUGGGCUGGGAAAAGCCAUCUCCUAUUCAGGAGGAGAGUAUUCCCAUUGCAUUAUCUGGUAGGGAUAUAUUAGCUAGAGCAAAAAAUGGAACAGGCAAGAGCGGUGCCUACCUCAUUCCCUUACUUGAACGGCUAGACCUGAAGAAGGAUAAUAUACAAGCAAUGGUGAUUGUUCCCACUAGAGAACUUGCUCUACAGGUCAGUCAAAUCUGCAUCCAGGUCAGCAAGCAUAUGGGAGGGGCCAAAGUGAUGGCGACCACCGGAGGAACCAAUUUACGUGAUGACAUAAUGAGACUGGAUGACACAGUGCACGUGGUGAUAGCUACGCCUGGAAGGAUCCUGGAUCUUAUCAAGAAAGGAGUAGCAAAAGUUGAUCAUGUCCAGAUGAUAGUGUUGGAUGAGGCUGAUAAGUUGCUAUCACAGGAUUUUGUGCAGAUAAUGGAGGAUAUUAUUCUCACGCUACCUAAAAACAGACAGAUUUUAUUAUAUUCUGCUACUUUUCCUCUUAGUGUACAGAAGUUCAUGAAUUCCCAUUUGCAGAAACCCUAUGAGAUUAACCUGAUGGAGGAGCUAACAUUAAAGGGAGUAACCCAGUACUAUGCUUACGUAACUGAGCGCCAGAAAGUACACUGCCUCAACACGCUCUUCUCCAGGCUUCAGAUAAAUCAAUCGAUCAUUUUCUGUAACUCCUCUCAGCGAGUUGAAUUACUGGCCAAGAAGAUUUCUCAACUGGGUUAUUCUUGCUUCUAUAUCCAUGCUAAAAUGAGGCAGGAACAUCGAAAUCGUGUGUUUCAUGAUUUCCGAAAUGGCUUAUGCCGCAAUCUUGUUUGCACUGAUUUGUUUACCCGAGGUACUGAUAUCCACGCUGUGAAUGUGGUGAUAAACUUUGACUUCCCAAAGCUGGCAGAGACCUAUCUCCACCGUAUUGUAAGAUCAGGUCGUUUUGGUCAUCUUGGCUUAGCCAUCAACUUGAUCACAUAUGAUGAUCGAUUCAACCUAAAAAGUAUUGAGGAGCAGCUGGGAACAGAAAUUAAACCUAUCCCAAGCAACAUUGACAAGAGCCUCUAUGUGGCAGAAUACCACAGCGAGCCUGUAGAAGACGAGAAACCUUAACAAGCGUGUGUGCACAGCCACAGCAAAGCUUUGACAAAACUACAGAAGGCUCGUUUGGAUCUGUGACACAUCAUUUUUGAGGAAAUGCUCUUCUCUUUGUGGGUUUUUCAUCUUCUUUUAUUUUGGAACUAUGGAGACAUAGAAGAGGUCAGACUUUCUUUUUUCUUUUUUUAAACUGGUGAAGAAAAAAAGCUGAAGAGAAGGAACUUACCUUUUUUGUUCCACUUGUUUGCACUGUGUGCUGACUGAACUUUAGUUGCACUAACUGCUCAUGUUUAAAAAAAUGUUUUCUGGGAAAGGGGGACAAGGAAGGAGGAAGAAGAAGAGAAGGGGA